AACAGAAGGAAUUUCAAGCUACAGCUCGUAAAUUUGCUAGAGAAGAAAUCAUACCUGUUGCUUCUCACUAUGACGUAACUGGAGAGUAUCCUGUUCCUCUCAUUAAAAGGGCAUGGGAGCUUGGCUUGAUGAAUACACACAUACCAGAAAGUUGUGGUGGCCUUGGCCUUGACACUUUUGAUGCCUGCCUUAUUACUGAAGAAUUGGCUUAUGGAUGUACAGGAGUUCAGACAGCUAUUGAGGCAAAUUCCCUAGGUCAAAUGCCAGUCAUAAUUGGGGGAAAUGAGCAACAGCAGAAAAAAUAUUUAGGAAGAAUGACUGAAGAGCCCCUAAUGUGUGCAUAUUGUGUAACAGAACCUGGUGCAGGCUCUGAUGUAGCAAGUAUAAAGACAAGAGCUGAAAGGAAAGGAGAUGAAUAUAUUAUUAAUGGACAAAAAAUGUGGAUCACCAAUGGUGGCAAAGCUAAUUGGUAUUUUUUAUUGGCACGUUCCAAUCCUGAUCCAAAAGCUCCUGCAAGUAAAGCUUUUACUGGAUUUAUUGUGGAAGCUGACAGCCCUGGAAUACAGAUUGGAAGAAAGGAAAUUAACAUGGGCCAGCGCUGUUCAGAUACCAGAGGGAUUGUUUUUGAGGAUGUAAGAAUACCCAAAGAAAAUGUACUUAUUGGUGAAGGAGCUGGAUUUAAAAUUGCCAUGGGAGCUUUUGAUAAAACAAGGCCUCCAGUAGCAGCUGGUGCUGUUGGAUUAGCACAGAGAGCUUUGGAUGAAGCUACAAAAUAUGCUAUGGAAAGAAAAACCUUUGGGAAAGCCAUUGCAGAG